AUGGUUCCAGGCUUGGAUCAGAACUUGGAUUAUAAGUUGGAGCCCUGGAUGGAGCUGGAGACACAGUUGGUGUUGAACUUGGAACCGCUGAGGGUGAUCUACUCGGUGCAGCAGUCGGGUGGGUGGACGGAUGAUGCGCUCGGAGUCUCACUCGGAAUGCUUGAAGAAGGCAUUGUCGGUCUCGAGCUUGAAUCCUUUGUCGGAGUCGAUGUAGGAGUCCCAGAAAACAUUAAAUUGGGGCGAGCACUACUAGGACUUUCAGAUGGAAUGUUUGUAGCUUUCAACGAUGGGGUCAUAGAUGGACGAACCGUGCUUGGCAUCAUUGAUUGUUCAGCAGUUGGAAUGCCGGUCAGGGGUGGUGCCGGGCCUCCAGUUGGAGCCCGAGUCGGCACGAUUGAAGGCAAAGAUGUUGGAUGCCUACUCGGUUGCAUUGUUGGGAACUGA